AUGGCGGCUCGGCCCGGGCCCGGCCCGGCGCUGGCGCUGUCGCUGUUCCCGGUGCUGGUGGCGCUGCUCGUGGUGGCCGCCAGCGCCUCUCCGGGCCCCGCCAAGCCCCCGCGUGUCUACCUGAGCAGCUGGGCUGUGCGGGUGGCGGCGGGGCUGCGGGACGCUCGGGAUUUGGCCCGCCGGCACGGGCUGCUCUACCUGGGUCAGGUGAUGGAGGGAGAGCCCUUCUACCACUUCAGCCACCGCGGCACCAGGCAGAGAGCCCUGAGCAGGCACUGGGGGUGGCACAUGCGGCUCUCCAGGGACCCCCAGGUGCUGUGGUUUGAGCAGCAGACGCUGAAGAGGCGCUCCAGGAGAGGUGCCCACGGCGUGCCACGCUCCAGCGUGGUGCCCACGGAUCCCUGGUUCCCCAAGCAGUGGUACAUGAACAACGACAUCCAGCCUGACCUGAACAUCCUCACGGCGUGGAGCAGAGGCUACACGGGGCUGGGGGUGGUGCUGACUGUGCUGGAUGAUGGGCUGGAGAAGGAUCAUCCCGACCUGGCUGCCAACUACGACCCGCUGGCAAGUUACGACUUCAACAGCAACGACCCCGAUCCGCAGCCCCGAUACAGCGACAGCGACAAGAACUGGCACGGGACACGCUGUGCAGGGGAAGUGGCAGCUGUGGCCAACAAUGGGAUCUGUGGGGCAGGCGUCGCCUACAACGCCAAAAUCGGAGGUGUGAGGAUGCUGGACGGCUCCAUCAUGGACAUAGUGGAGGCCCAGGCCCUGAGCCUGCAGCCCCAGUACAUCCACAUCUACAGUGCCAGCUGGGGCCCUGAGGAUGAUGGCAGGACGGUGGAUGGGCCUGGAGUCCUGGCUGCGGCUGCUUUCCACAAAGGAGUCGUCCAAGGACGGGGUGGGCUCGGCUCCAUCUUCAUCUGGGCCUCAGGCAAUGGUGGCACCAACUAUGACAACUGCAACUGCGACGGGUACACCAACAGCAUCUACACGGUGUCGGUGGGCAGCGUGCUGGGGGACGGGCACCGGCCCCUCUACAGCGAGAGCUGCCCUGCCAUCCUCACCACCACCUACAGCAGCAGGACCACCAGCAAGGUGCAGAUUGUGACCACAGACCUGCACCACCGCUGCACAGACAAACACACGGGCACCUCGGCCUCGGCCCCGCUGGCUGCAGGAAUGGUGGCCCUGGCACUGGAGGCCAACCCAGCCCUGACCUGGCGUGACCUGCAGCACCUGAUCAUCAGGGCCUCCAGACCCGCUCACCUGCAGGCAGAGGACUGGGCUGAGAAUGGCGUUGGGCGCAGGGUGAGCCACUACUACGGCUAUGGGCUGCUGGAUGCGGGGCUGCUGGUGCAGGAGGCCAUGACAUGGACAGGGACCCGGCCACAAGAGAAAUGUUCAGUGCAGGCCAUCCAGGUCCCCAGGGACAUCAGCUCCAAGCUCGUCAUCUCCACGGAUGCCUCCUCCUGCUCCAAGAGCAUCCGCUCCCUGGAGCACGUCCAGGUGCAGCUGUCGCUGAGCUACAGCCGCAGGGGGGACCUGGUGGUGGCCCUGAGCAGCCCCAUGGGCACCACGUCCACGCUGGUGACAGUGCGCCCCUACGACACCAGCCAGGACGGCUACCAGGACUGGACCUUCAUGUCCACUCACUUCUGGGAUGAGAACCCCAAGGGGAUCUGGACCCUGCAGCUGGAGAACAGGGGUGAUGCUGAGAACACAGGCCAGCUGACCACCUUCAUCCUGCACCUGCAUGGCACAGAUGAGGACAUGCCAGCCCGGCGCUCCGCAGCCACCGCCACCGACGAGUGCCUCAGGAGGGACAAGCAGGGAGCCUGUGAGGACUGUGGCAGCUCCCUGUACAUCCACCACGGCUCCUGCCUGUCCUACUGCCCCCCGCGCUACUACGGCCAGAGCCGCAGUGCCGGCCCCAGGGGCACUGCCCUGGUGUGUGCCAGCUGCCACCCCUCCUGCUACACCUGCCAGGGCUCCUGGGCCAACAACUGCACGUCCUGUCCCUCGGGCCACACCUUCCAGGACAUCACCCACACGUGCCAGGAGCCGGCAGAGGGCUCCCCCAGCCCGGCCAGGCUGCGCAGGGACCUGGUGGUUGUCACCGUCCUGGCCUGCAGCAGCCUGGUUCUGGCAGGGGUGCUCUACCCCACCUACAGGGUGGGUUUCCGAGCUGGCAAAGGUGCCCUGUGCUGUCCCCGGGUCAGGAGGACAGUGUGACACCAGGGACAGGGCAGGGACGCUUCCUGCCUUCCCAAAUAAACCCGUUGUUGCCUUUCCUUUCCAAGGGUGAUUCCCCUUCCCAGCAGCGCCUGUGAGGGGACAGUGAU